AGUCACACUCUCUACACUAAACCCCUGAACCCUAUCGAGAGAGGAGUUAGUAGAGAGAGCGCAGCUCAACAACAAAUAAAAACCAAAGAGAUGAGACCACCACGUGGCGGCGGUAGCUUCAGAGGAAGGGGAGGAAGAGAUGGCGGUGGAGGACGUUUCGGUGGCGGCGGCGGACGCGGAGGAGGAGGACGUUUUGGUGGUGGCGGCGGACGCGGAGGAGGUGGACGUUUUGGUGGUGGUGGUGGAUAUCGUGACGAAGGACCUCCCAGCGAAGUCAUUGAAGUUGCGACCUUUGUGCAUGCUUGUGAGGGUGAUGCUGUGACCAAGCUCUCACAAGAGAAGAUCCCUUACUUCAAUGCCCCGAUCUACCUUGAAAACAAGACUCAGAUUGGGAAAGUUGAUGAGAUCUUUGGUCCCAUUAACGAAUCUCUGUUUUCUAUCAAGAUGAUGGAAGGUAUCGUAGCUACCUCGUAUGCUCAAGGGGAUAAGUUCUACAUCGACCCUGCUAAGCUUUUGCCUCUAGCAAGGUUCCUUCCACAACCAAAGGGACAAUCUGGAGGUGGUCGUGGAAGAGGCAGAGGUGCUCCUAGGGGACGUGGUGGAUUCUCCUCCAGAGGUGCUCCGAGGGGCCGUGGAGGAUUCUCCUCAAGAGGUGCUCCCAGGGGCCGUGGUGGAUUCUCCUCCAGAGGAGGCCGAGGGAGAGGAGGAUACUAAUAAAUCUUAUUUCUAUCCUUUGUUUGUAAUUUUGCUUUUAAAUCUCUUGGAUAAUGAAGAAUGCUUUUUAAGAAGAAACCAUGACAUUGAGAUGAUUGUAUUUCCAGAUUCUAGUUUCUGUUACUUUGGUUUGUUAAAGAGGAUUAGAGAUUGUCUCGUUUUA